CUUCUCCACCCCUCCUCUGUCGUCAAUCAGUUGAGGUUCAGAAGAUAUCAGCAGCAUCGAGUCGUUCGAACCAAACUCUCGUGAUAAUACCAUGGCCUAGGAGGCGCGAUCAUGUAUCAGUCCGAGACAUCGGCACCUCAGCAGUUAUCUCGUGCCUCUCAGAUGCACGUCCACCAUCUUCCAUCUAGCAUCGUACAGGACGGUGGCUUAUCGCCUACUGGGUCCCAUCCUAACGAUCCGAUUACACUCCUCAUCCCCGCGUACCUCCUCUUCGAAUCCAGAAGGACAUCGUCCUCUAUUUUCCCUGCAUCAUGAUGGCUUCGAAUCUUCUUUCCCGUCUUCUUCCUACGAAUUCCGCUGGGCGGUCGAUAUACGAUGACCUGCGCGCCCACGAUGAAGCAUCCGAGUCCGAUAUCGAGGAGCAAGCAGGAAUGGCAAUAGAUGAGGAGAACCUUCGCUUCCACGACGAUGAGUUAGGAGGUGCAGAUGUUUUCACCGGCGAGGAUAGUCGCCUCACGACCGAGAGCACAGCAUUCCUUGCUGGUCAACAACAAGGAAUCAGGCCAUCACCUGGACGUCAAGACAACAAAGCGCCAAGAACCCAUUCCAAAUGGACACAGUCUCCUAGAUUGCUUGAGGAAGACGGAGAUGAUGACGUGCCGGCUUCGCUGCUGAUCGAAGGAAACAAUCCUCAUUCAGGCACUCCAACCCGGCCAUCAAAAUCACCACCAAACCCCCAAAGAAGGAAACCUCCGGUUUCUGGCCCCUCUAACCGAGAGAGUGAUGCCCACUGGGAGGCUGCGCGAGCUCAGCAACGGUUAUACGAGGAUGAUGAAGCUGGAACCCGCCAUAUGACACAAGCAACACGACCAAAUAUAGGAUUGCUGACUAGCAACCCUCGAGAAAGAGCUAUGUGGAGAUGGAUCAAUAUCACCAACCUCGAUAGCUUCAUAAGAGAUGUGUACGAUUAUUACCUGGGGUCUGGCAUCUGGUGUAUGAUACUUGCCCGGGUUCUGAAUUUGCUUACAAUCAUAUUUGUUGCGGUCUUUACAACUUUCCUCACACAAUGUGUUAAUUUUCAAGAGAUACCCCAGAGCAGAACUUUAUCUCAGGUACUUAUCCCCCAGUGCACGAAGAAAAUUUCUGGGAUGCCAAACGUUGCCAUCUGGCUCUUUACUUUGUAUGUUAUGUGGAGGGUCUAUCAGCUCUUGGCCGAUAUUCCUCGCCUAAUGCGAGUUCAUGACUUCUUCUUGCAUCUGCUCGAGGUGCCAGACAGCGAUAUGCAAACUAUCUCUUGGCAAGAUAUUGUCGCCCGGAUAAUGGCUUUGCGGGACGCCAACCCUAUCACGGUCGAGAAGAUAUCGCCGGCGAAUCGCAAAUACCUCGGUAGCCAAUCAAAGCAAAGAUUAGAUGCGCAUGAUAUCGCCAAUAGAUUGAUGAGAAAAGAGAACUACCUGAUCGCAUUAUUCAACAAGGAGAUAUUGGACCUCACUCUGCCUGUGCCUUUCCUCCAAGGCCGUCAACUAUUUUCAAGAACUAUGUUGUGGACCCUGGAUUGGUGCAUAAUGGACUUCAUAUUCAACGACUAUGGCCAGGUCAAACAGCUUGUCUUAAAAGAUUCUCAUCGAAGACAACUGAGUGAUGGCUUGCGAAACCGAUUCCUGUUUGCGGGGUUUAUGAAUGUCCUAUGUGCUCCAAUCACAGUCGUCUACCUCAUGAUUGUGUAUUUCUUUAGAUAUUUCAGAGAGUACCAAGACAAUCCAUCAGCUAUUGGAUCGCGGCAGUAUACACCCCUUGCCGAAUGGAAAUUUCGCGAAUUCAACGAGCUACAUCAUCUAUUCCACAAACGGAUCAACAUGUCAUAUCCAUUUGCUUCUCGCUAUCUUGAUCAGUUUCCGAAGGUCAAGAUGGUUCAAAUUGCGAGAUUUGUAGCGUUCGUCGCUGGGGCUGUUGUGUCGGUCCUCGCUGUGGCUACCCUGUGGGACCCUGAAUUAUUCCUCGUAUUUGAAGUUACACCUGAAAGGACCGUCUUCUUCUAUAUCGCGGUCUUUGGGGCGAUCUGGACCAUCUCAAAUGGAACGAUCCCGGACGAAAAUCUCGUCUUCGACCCAGAGUACGCGUUACGAAACGUGAUCGAGUAUACACACUAUUGUCCAAGUCACUGGCAAGACCGGCUUCAUAGUGAUGAAGUUAGGAGAGAAUUUGCCUCCCUUUACCAGCUCAAGAUAGUGAUAUUCCUCGAGGAAGUCUUCAGUAUCAUCAUCACUCCCUUUGUUCUCUGGUUCAGCCUACCAAAAUGCAGUGACCAGAUCAUCGAUUUCUUCCGGGAAUUCACCAUUCAUGUCGACGGCGUAGGAUACCUGUGUUCGUUUUCUGUAUUCGAUUUCAAGAAUGGCGUAGGCAGGACUAAACGACAAGGGGAAGGCGGUGUUGAUCUUCGAGAUGAAUAUUACUCCACGAAGCAUGGAAAAAUGGCUGCCUCUUACUAUGGCUUUUUAGACAAUUAUCUACUGAAUCCGAAAACAGGUGUUCCAGGACACCUCCCUCCUGGGAUGCGGCAGCCCUUCCACCCUCCACCUGCAUUUCCUGGACUUAUGUCGCCAACACUGACGGCAGACAUGCAAAUGUCGAAAAUGGGCCGAAGCCAGAGGCUGCCAAGGAGUCGAGCAACGGGGAUGCCACAAGCCGCGCGAACCCCGCGGUUCCCAGCUGCAGGCGGACAUUCGUCGCCUAUGCCAUCAAUUCUGUUAGAUCCGCAUCAUCAACCGUCAGCAUCUGGAUUUGGAGCCCGUAGUGGACGGCGCAACUCUCGAUCCCGUUAUCAAGCUCGGCAAAAUAUUGUUGAAGAGGCGAUCGAAGAUGAGGACGAGACCGCGGCUGAGAGAGUAGCCCAGCGGAGUACGGGGUCCAAGGAUACGUACGAAAGCGAAGUAGGCCUUGAUGAAUCCCGAUGGGAGACUUCUCCCACGAGAGGCGUCACCAAAGAGGCCGAGGACGAAGAUGAAGGGGACGGAGGGGCGCCAGGAGGAGGGGGAGUCCUAGGAUUGCUGUAUCAAUUUCAGAAGGCGCAAACGGAUGGCAGACCAGGGAUCAGUAUCUAGGCGUUCACAAGACAUCAGACACAUUACUGUACUCGGAGUUGGGGAUCAUGACAUGGCGAGGAGGGCAGACUUUGGAGAUUUUUGGUAUCAAUUAGGCCU